AAAUAUCUGUGGAACAUUUAUUCGGUCGCUUUUUCUAGAACUCAAUAUUUGGUGAUAGUGAUUUUAACUGAAAUUUCUUUUAUUCAAGUUUAAGGAAGUGCAACAAAAGAAAAAACAAAAAUGGCGAAGGCGAUAGGAAUAGAUUUGGGAACAACAUACUCCUGUGUCGGUGUGUUCCAGCAUGGAAAAGUUGAAAUCAUUGCAAACGACCAGGGAAACCGUACCACUCCCAGUUAUGUAGCAUUCACAGAUUCAGAGCGACUCAUCGGAGAUGCUGCCAAGAAUCAAGUUGCAAUGAACCCCACAAACACCGUAUUUGAUGCCAAGCGACUCAUUGGGCGCAAGUUCAAUGACCCUACAGUUCAGGCUGACAGGAAGACUUGGUCAUUCAACAUAGUUGACGAGGGAACCAAACCAAAGAUUUCAGUAGAAUACAAAGGGGAAAAUAAAACAUUUUUCCCCGAAGAGAUCUCAUCAAUGGUUCUUGUAAAAAUGAAGGAGACUGCAGAAGCUUAUCUUGGAAAGACAGUAAACAGUGCUGUAGUUACAGUCCCAGCCUACUUCAAUGACUCUCAGCGACAAGCAACUAAGGAUGCUGGAACCAUCUCUGGGAUGAACAUCCUACGUAUCAUUAACGAACCUACAGCAGCUGCUAUUGCUUAUGGUCUUGACAAAAAAGUUGGUGGAGAACGCAAUGUACUCAUCUUUGAUUUAGGAGGUGGAACCUUCGACGUCUCUAUCUUAACCAUUGAAGAUGGAAUCUUUGAAGUAAAAUCUACUUCCGGGGAUACCCAUUUGGGUGGCGAGGACUUUGACAAUCGUAUGGUGAACCAUUUCAUCCAGGAAUUCAAGCGUAAGAACAAGAAGGACAUUUCUGAGAAUAAGCGUGCAGUGAGACGUCUCAGAACAGCCUGUGAACGUGCGAAGAGAACCCUCUCAUCAAGCUCCCAAGCCAGUAUUGAGAUUGAUUCCCUCUUUGAAGGAAAUGAUUUCUACACUAGCAUCACCAGAGCUCGUUUUGAAGAACUUUGUGCUGAUCUCUUCCGUGGAACUUUGGAGCCUGUGGAAAAAUCUCUCAGAGAUGCCAAGCUCGACAAGGGUGGAGUCCAUGAUAUUGUGUUGGUGGGAGGAUCAACACGUAUUCCUAAGAUCCAGAAGCUUCUGCAAGAUUUCUUCAAUGGCAAGGAAUUGAACAAAAGCAUCAACCCUGAUGAGGCUGUGGCUUAUGGGGCAGCCAUACAGGCUGCCAUUUUGUCUGGUGACAAAGAUGAGGCUGUCCAAGACUUGUUGUUGCUUGAUGUAGCGCCAUUGUCUAUGGGUAUUGAGACUGCUGGAGGUGUCAUGACUGCUCUUAUCAAGCGCAAUACAACUAUUCCAACCAAGAAGACACAGACAUUCACCACAUAUUCUGACAAUCAGCCAGGUGUGCUGAUCCAGGUAUAUGAGGGUGAGCGUGCUAUGACCAAGGACAACAACAUUCUGGGCAAGUUUGAGCUAACUGGUAUCCCUCCUGCACCCCGUGGAGUUCCUCAGAUUGAGGUGACAUUUGACAUUGAUGCCAAUGGUAUCCUGAAUGUAUCUGCUGUUGAUAAGAGCACUGGCAAAGAAAACAAAAUCACUAUCACUAACGAUAAGGGUCGUCUGUCGAAGGAAGAAAUUGAGCGUAUGGUGAAUGAUGCUGAAAAAUACAGAAAGGAGGAUGAAGACCAACGAGACAGAAUUAGUGCUAAGAAUUCACUUGAAAGCUAUGCCUUCAAUAUGAAGUCUACUGUUGAAGAUGAAAAGUUGAAGGACAAGAUCAGUGAAGAAGACAAGAAAACGAUCACAGAUAAAUGUAAUGACGUCAUAAGCUGGCUCGAUGCAAAUCAGCUGGCAGAAAAGGAUGAGUUUGAACACAAGCAGAAGGAAGUAGAAGGUGUGUGUACUCCAAUCAUUACCAAAUUGUACCAGGCUGCAGGAGGUGCCCCCGGUGGAAUGCCAGAUGGCAUGCCUGGUGGUAUGCCAGGAGGUAUGCCAGGGGGUGGCGCAGCCCCAGGAGCCGGCAGUGGAGGCUCAGGACCAACCAUUGAGGAAGUUGAUUAAUAUGCCUCACAAAGAACAUUAAUCAAAACAGUAGAACAAUAUUAAGACAUUACUAGUAAUUGGCAUCAGUGUUAGUGUAUUUUUGUCAUCUAACCUUGAUCAAGGUUUACUUAUCCUUGUGUCAUAAUUCUACACUCUUGUACCAUCAUUGUACACGUUAAUUAAUGGUAUUAAGAUAUCUUUUCAGUCAGUAACAGACAUUAUUUAUUUUAUAACAGCGUUGUAGUUAAUAGAUAAAAAUCUGAAAAUCAAAAAGUAACCGUGGUAGGCAUGGCAACCUUUAGAAUUGACUAAAUGAAUUUCAUUUUUGCGUGCAUUCAAAUGGCACCAGUGCAUGUAACUGUGGUAGGCAUGGCAACUGCUUUCAAAUGGCACCUGGUUAGAAUUAUUCAAAAUACCUUUCAAUCUUGACAAUAAGAAGCUUCUUAAUAAAAAAUGAUCAAUUGGUUUCUAUGAUAUAUUACAGGUAGACUGUAUUCUGUGUAUUCAAUUUGUAGAUGAACCGAUACAUUGGAAUAAGGAAACAUUUUACUUCAAUGGUGCAACUACAACCUAUGUCAUAACACUUGAUAAUAAUUGCUACAUUAGCAGACCAACUACCUCGAGGUCCAAGGCGUGUACUAUAACUGUGUAAUGCUUCAACUACUGUCGACGUUAUGGUGUUGGUUAAACGGCUGAUUAUUGAGAGAAAA